AUGAUCAUCUCUGCUGUUAAGGCCCGUGUCAGAAAGACUACGCACAAGUACGGUAUUGAAAUACCAACAAGUGUAGAGCAUGCAAAGAGACUUGACGCCCAAAAUGGUAACAACUUGUGGAUGAAAGCAUUAUCUAAGGAAAUGUCCAAUAUUGGUGUUGCGGUUGAAGUGCUGGCCUAUGGAGUGCUAGCACCUCCUGGAUAUUCAAAGGUCACCGGUCAUCUAGUAUGGGAUGUGAAGAUGGAUUUCACUCGCAAAGCCCGAUGGGUACUUGAUGGUCACAAAACACCUGAUCCCCUGUAUUCUCAGUAUGCAGGAGUGGUAUCACGUGAGAGUGUCAGAAUUGCCUUUACCUAUGCUGCCCUGAAUAACCUGGACGUUUUUGCUGCCGAUAUCCGAAAUGCUUACCUUCAAGCACCCUCAUCCAGAAAGGACUAUAUCAUUUGUGGCCCUGAAUUUGGAUUGGAGAAUGUUGGAAAGGUUGCCUUGAUUCAUCGUGCAUUGUAUGGCGGAAAGACCGCAGGACGGGAUUUCAGGAACCAUCUCAGAGCUUGUAUGCAUCAUCUGGAUUUCCUGUCGUGCCCUGCUGAUCCUGAUGUUUGGAUGCGUCCUGCUAUGAAGGAUGAUGGCUCCGAAUAUUGGGAAUAUGUCCUCCUAUGCACCGAUGAUGCGCUGUGUGUCUCUAUGAAUCCGGAAAGGGUUCUCCGAAAGGAACUUGGGAAGUAUUUUGAGCUGAAAGAGGAGAGCAUUGGCCCUCCGAAAAUCUAUCUUGGCAGUAAUGUACGAAAGGUUGAGUUGGAUACUGGUGUUCAAUGCUGGGCAUUUGGAUCCUCCCAGUAUGUCCAAGCCGCUGUCAAGAAUGUGGAGAGAUACCUCAAUGACCGUUGCAAGGCAGGAGAUGAGCGAUUUAAACUGAAGCCCAAGGCAAUGACGCCGAUGCAGACCUCCUACCGGCCUGAGCUUGACGUGAGCCCAGAAUUGGAGCCGUCUGAUGCCUCAUAUUAUCAGUCGCUGAUCGGAGUCCUACGAUGGAUUGUUGAGCUUGGAAGAGUUGAUAUCUGCCUUGAAUGUUCUUUGAUGUCUUCGCAACUGGCUAUGCCAAGAGUAGGACAUUUGCAUCAAGUGCUGAGCAUUUUCUCUUAUUUGAAAUCUCAUCACAACGCUGAGUUGGUGCUUGAUCCAACCUUUCCUGUGAUCGAUGCUGCCGGAUUUGAAAGGAAGGAUUGGUCAACCAGCGAAUUUGGCCACAUAGACAACUUGAAGGAAGAGCUGCCUCCAAACCAGCCAGAACCAAAAGGCAUUGGAUUUGUUACAACUGCCAAAGUGGAUGCUGACCAUGCCUCUGACACAACUACAAGACGUUCUCGAACUGGUUUCUUUGUGUGGGUAAAUGGUGCAUUGGUGUACUGGAUGGCAAAGAAGCAGACUGCAGUUGAGUCUAGCAGCUUUGGAAGUGAAUUCUGUACAAUGAAGUUGUGCUGUGAAUAUCUUCGUGGCUUGCGAUACAAGCUGAGGAUGAUGGGGAUUCCUGUACUUGGCCCGUCCUUUAUCUAUGGAGAUAAUAAGAAGUCAGUGUUGGCCAAUACAAGUAUCCCUGACUCUCAAUUGAAUAUUCCGAAAAAACAAAAAUACAAAAACAACACGCAUAUCCAGGUCCUCAAAACAUCACUUUUGGUACUUCGCCUACACGAUUUUUCUGUAGCGAAACGAAACUCGCUCCUCCUUUUUGCAUCAAAACUGACAAUGGGAAAGUCUAAGAACAACAAGAAAGUGGCAAUCGCUGCUAAACCUGUUAAUUCUACCGCUCUUACUCAGGGUCGCAUCAGUUUUUUGCAAAAAAGCCGAGCCGAAACUGCCGAAAUUCGAUCAAAAAAGGAAUCCAACAAUUUGGACCCUCCAAUCGUCAACAACAACAGCGACACCGAGAUGGAGGAGGUUGAGUCUCCACUGAAGUACAAUCGCAUUGUCCAGAACAUGGAUUCGUCUCAGUGGAACCUGCAAACCCUUGCCUAUUUAUGCACAAUCUACCGUGCUCGUGGUCAACGCAACAAUAAAAAAGAAGUGGUCUUUGGAAACGAGCUGUUCUCAGCAUGGGAGAACGAGCCCGAUUUCCACUGGCCUUGUUUUGUGGAAAGUCCAGUGUUAGCUUUCCUCUUCCUCUUGUUUUCAGCAGGUUUCCAAGAGUUAGGGAAUUCUUCAGGAAGACCUACUUUCU